UGAUGCAUCUCCAUGUCGUGGGGUGGGUUUCAGUGGGGUUUCCCCAACAAAUUUUCUACUGAAAUGAUCUACCUAUUGUAGGCGUAGCGUGGUGGUUUUAACAAACAAGGGUCAAGUGGAGAUGAGAACAACAUGGAUUCUACGGUAUCAAGUUUUCACAAGUUGAAGUGUUGAUGGGGAUUCGGAUUCUUUAGGCUUUAAAGUUCUAACAUUGAUUGUGGAAGCUUAUUCCUUCCAAAUUCGAAGACAGACCAGCUUGUGUAAUCACGCUUUCCUGCGUUUACCCGAUUAGACCCCUCCCUCUUUGUUAUUAGAAAAUCAGGAAAACGAUGGGGAGCGAGAACGAACCAGCGAAGCUCCUUCUUCCUUACCUCCAGAGAGCCGAUGAGUUGCAGAAACAUGAUCUCCUCGUCGCUUACUACUGUCGUCUAUACGCGAUGGAACGAGGGUUGAAGAUCCCUCAGAAGGAUCGCACGAAGAUGACGAACUCACUCCUUAUUUCACUCAUGAAUCAGCUAGAGAAGGACAAGAAGUCACUGAAUCUGGGACCUGAAGACAACUUGCAUUUGGAAGGAUUUGCCUUAAAUGUUUUUGCAAAGGCAGAUAAGCAGGACCGCGCUGGGCGAGCUGACCUGAAUACAACAAAAAGCUUUUAUGCUGCUAGCAUCUUCUUUGAGAUUCUUAACCAGUUUGGUGAACUCCAACCUGAUCUUGAGCAAAAACAGAAGUAUGCUGUAUGGAAAGCAGCAGAUAUAAGGAAGGCAUUGAAAGAGGGGCGGAAACCUGAACCUGGCCCUCUUGGUGGUGAUAAAGAUUUAUCAAUCCCAUCAAGUACCCCAAAUGGUGCAUAUGAUCUCGGAUAUGAACCCGAUUCAUCUUACCAUCCAGGCCCAGGAUCUGAUGCACUUGCUCCCAUCCACCAUGAUUUUAACCAUCAACCUUCUGUUAAUCUGAGACCACCUCCCACUUACCCAACUGCUGAUGGCGUUUCAGAUGAGUUCCACCAGCCUCCACUGUCUAGCAGACAAGAAGGUCACAUGCAGGAAAGUUCUGCUUACCCUCCGCCACCUCCACCAGUUAGUAGACAAGAUAACUCUGCUUACCCUCAGCCACCUCCACCAGUUAAUAGACAAGAAAAUUCUGCAUACUCUCAGCCACCUCCACCAGUUAAUAGACAAGAUAAUUCUGCUUACCCUCAGCCACCUUCACCAGUUAAUAGGCAAGAAAGUUCUGUUUACUCUCAGCCACAUCAACCUUAUCAGCACGAACCCCAGAAUCCAUUUCCACAAACCUACCCUUCACAUGAAAGUGCACCAUCUUCCUACUCUUAUCCCCAUUUCCAAUCUUAUCCUAGCUUUACUGACAGCAGCCUUUCAACAAUUCCGUCACACUAUCCUUCUUAUUAUCAAGGCUCUGAUGCUUCCUUCUCUCACCAGUCAUCUCCUCCUGUUUCAAACUAUUCAUCAUCAGCUCAAUACACUUCUGGUAGCAGGAAUGCAACCAAUGCAGAACCAUCACCAACUCCUGCUCAAGUGUUCCAUUAUGACAGUAAUUAUGAGCCACCACCUGAAAAGAUUGCUGAAGCACACAAGGCUGCGAGGUUUGCUGUUGGGGCUUUGGCAUUUGAUGAUGUACCAGUUGCAAUUGAUUUCCUGAGAAAAUCACUUGAACUAUUGACAAAUCCGUCAGCAAGUCAAUAAGCUUAGUGCUUAAUCUUUGUUUGCCUACUUUCCAAUUUCCGUAUUGCUGUUUUAUGUAUGAUUAGAUUUUUGUACAGGCGGGUUGAUAUUUGCUGGAAAAUGUUCAACUGCAUCUUCUUUAUUUAUUGACACAUUAUGUAAAGCUAGAUUUUUUUUUCUUUUUUUUUUCACAUGAAUGAAAGACAGUUGCAUCCCUUUAUUCUCA